AUGGCACCCGAAAAGAAGCCGAUUCUCGGCUCCGUUAUGGUCAUUGGCGGUUGCGGAUUCCUAGGCCACCACGUUGUCCGUGUCUUGCUCCGAGACUACAACUGCUCUGUGUCGGUUAUCGACUUGCGUUGUACUCGCAACCGGAGGCCCGAAUCCGAUGGCGUUUCGUACCACGAAGCCGACAUCACCGAUGCCGCCAAGCUCGAGAGCAUCUUUUCGCAAACCAAGCCCGAUGUUGUGAUCCACACCGCGUCACCCCCUGCGCAAUCCAACGACAGCGUCUCCCAUGCGCUAUUCAAGAAGGUCAACGUGGACGGGACCGCCGCGGUGGUGAAGGCGUGCCAGCAGACGGGCGUCAAGGCCCUGGUGUACACGAGCUCAGCAAGUGUCAUGAGCGACAACAGGAGCGAUCUCAUCAACGCCGACGAGCGGUGGCCGACGGUCCGUGGCAGCCAACAGAGCGAGUACUACUCAGAGACCAAGGCCGCCGCCGAAGAGCUCGUCCUCGCCGCCAACCGCGCCCCCGAAGCCCCCAAUCUCCUUACCUGCUCCAUCCGCCCCUCAGGCAUCAUGGGCGAGGGCGACACCAUGGUCCUCUACCACCUAAUCAACAUCCUCCGGCAAGGCCGCUCCGGCGUACAAGUUGGCAACAACGACAACCUAUUCGACUUCACAUACGUGGAGAACGUCGCGCACGGGCACCUGCUCGCGGCCCGAGCCCUCCUCCUCACCGCCGCGUCCAAGACCAUCCCCCUCGACACCGAGCGCGUAGACGGCGAAGCCUUCCUCAUCACCAACGACAGCCCCGUGUACUUCUGGGACUUUGCGCGCGCUGUCUGGGCGGCGGCCGGGUCGCCGCACGGCACCGAGCACGUGCGCGUGCUGCCGCGCAGCGUCGGCAUGGUGCUCGGCUACUGCAGCGAGUGGUUCUUCUGGGCCAUUGGCAAGCCGCCCACCUUCAACCGCCAGCGCAUCGUCUACAGCUGCAUGACCCGCUACUACGACAUCUCCAAGGCCAAGAAGCGGCUGGGCUACCAGCCCCUGGUGAGCUUGGAGGAUGGCAUCAAGCGGUCGGUGAAAUGGACGCUGGAGCAGCAGGAGAGUGCCAAGAAGGCAUGA